AUGAUGAUGUUCACGGCGGCAGGGACAGGGACAACUACGGGCGGUUUGGAUAGAAGGGGACACCUGUACUCAUGCUUUUAUAUCCCCAUCUCCCAUGUGCCCUCUGCUCCUCCUCUGCCCACGCUGGUGGAUGAUGAUGUUCACGGCGGCAGGGACAGGGACAACUACAGGUGGUCUGGCUGCCCACGCUGGUGGAUGAUGACGUGCGAGGAGGCAGGGACAGGGACAACUACGGGCGGUUCGGAGCCAGGGGAGGGGACAGGGGGAGGGGCGGAGGCGACAGGUACUCUCGCGGAGGGGACAGGGACAGGGGAGGAAGAGGAGGCGACCGUGACAGGGGUUUCAGGCGCGAUGACGGCGGCAGGAGAGAGAGGUCUGGCAGCUGGGGUGACGUGGGUGACAGGCGCAGUAGCGGCAGCAGCAGCGGCGGCAGCAGGUUCGGUGGAGAUCGCGACCGAUUCUCCUCCCGGGAUCGCCGCCCGGCUGGCGGAGGGUUGGUCAACCGCCGCAAUUUCACCUCUGAUGCGUGGGAGAGUGAGGACAGUGAUGGAUACUACACCCCAUCCCCCUUGGAGCGCACGCCCAGCGCACCCGGCGGGUCGUAUGGUCGCGGGGGUGCGGGAGGAGGGUUUUCAGGGGUUUGCUUCUUGUGCAAGCAACCUGGGCACAGGGCGGCAGACUGUCCUGUGGUGGCUGGCCGGUAGAGAUGCUGGUGCCUUGGUUACUGAGUUUUAA